AUGUUUUCAACUUCAAUUGGUCCAAUAAGUCAAACAAAAGAUUAUCUUCGACCAGAAACUGCUCAAGGCAUGUUUGUUAAUUUUAAAAGACUAUUAAAUUUUAAUCAAGGUCAAUUACCAUUUGCCGCUGCACAAAUUGGUAAUUCAUUUCGAAAUGAAAUUUCGCCAAGAUCAGGUUUACUACGAGUUCGUGAAUUUACAAUGGCAGAAAUUGAACAUUUUGUUGAUCCAAUUGAUAAGACUCAUCCAAAAUUUGAUACUGUUGCUGAUCUUGAAAUUCAAUUAUAUUCAGCUAGUAAUCAAAUCAAUGGUGAAACAGCUCAAUUAAUUCGUUUAUAUGAUGCUGUUCAUUCAAAAUUAAUUAAUAAUGAAACUCUUGGUUAUUUUAUUGGUCGAAUUUAUCUAUAUUUAAUAAAAAUUGGUAUUGAUAAAAAUCGAAUUCGUUUUCGUCAACAUAUGGAUAAUGAAAUGGCUCAUUAUGCAUGUGAUUGUUGGGAUGCUGAGUGUAAGAUAAGUAGUGGUUGGAUAGAAUGUGUUGGUUGUGCUGAUCGAUCUUGUUAUGAUUUAACACAACAUACAAAAUUUAGUGGUCAACGACUUGUUGCUGAACGACAAUUAUCUGUACCGAAACGAGUACAGAUUACUGAAAGAAGAAUAAAUGGUACAAUAAUUGGUCAAAUAUUUCGUAAAGAUACUUCAAUAGUUGUAAAAUAUUUAGAAAAUUUAUCAGAAAAUCAAGCUCAUAGUUUACAUGAAAAACUUGAGCAAGAGAAUGAAAAAUGUACUAUUAAUGAGAAGGAAUUUAUCAUUACACGAUCUAUGUUUAAAUUAGAAACAAAAGAAAAAAUCGUUCAAGUCGAAGAAUUUAUUCCAUCAGUAAUUGAACCAACAUUUGGUAUUGGUCGUUUACUGUAUGUUGCAUUAGAACACAAUUUUAAAAUUCGUCCAGAAGAUAAUCAACGAAAGUAUUUUACAUUACCACCAUUAAUUGCACCCUAUAAAUGUGCUGUUUUACCAUUGAGUGUAAAUGCAGAAUUCAAACCAUUUGUUAAACAAAUCUCUGAUCUUCUAACUCAAGCUAAUAUUUCACAUAAGAUUGAUACAAGCAGUAGUAAUAUCGGUAAACGUUAUGCACGUUGUGAUGAGCUUGGUAUUCCAUUUGCAAUCGCUAUUGAUUUUGAUACAUUACAACAACCAUAUUCAAUAGCAUUACGUGAAUUAGAAUCAUUAAAACAAGUUCGUGUUAAAAUUGAUGAAAUAGUAUCUGUUCUCCAAGAUCUUGCAACAGAAAACGUGACUUGGAAUGAAAUAUUUGCAUUAUAUCCAAUAUUUACAGAACAGCAAACAAAAAGACUUGAAAAUUAA